CUAGAUUGCGGUGGAGCAGGGAGUGAGUGGGACAAGGAAGAAAGAUACAACUCUUCAUAGCUACACAGUUUCUGAGACCUCAUCAAGAAAGAAAAUAAGCGCCUACUGAACAGGCGCACCAUAUUACGCAUGUUUUCCUAUUUAGAUGCAGCUCUGUUCGAAUUGCUCCGUCGCCGACUGUUGUUCUAUCGGUAGAAAUGUAGUUGCAUUCACGACAAAAUCCUGGAGGUAUUCGCAAAUACACUUUUCUGAGAGAUCCCGUUAAAGCUUGGCAGUAGACUCCGUUUCCUGUGUUUUGCCAGUGCGCUGCAUGACUGAAAUCAACAAUCUGAAACCCGGUACCCCAUCUCCGCUGUCUCCGAAGCAAGCAAGUCUGUGGCAAUGUGCGACCUGAUGCCAGCCUCCCAACCCGCGGAGAAAAUCGGCAAGAUGACAAAGUUGAGGAGAACUUUGUCCGAGAGUUUCAGGAGUAUAGCUUUCAAGAAAGAGGACGGUGACUUUGAUGAGAUAUGCGUCACAAAGAUGUCCACACGCAGCUGUCAGGGAACAGACUCAGUCAUCAAGCCCCUGGACACUAUCCCUGAGGACAAAAAGGUGAGAGUUCAGCGCACGCAGAGCGGCUUCGACCCGUUCGAGAAGCCCACCAGCCAGGUGAAGAGGGUCCACUCUGAGAACAAUGCCUGUAUCAACGCCAAGAGCUCAUCUGCCGGCAAGGAGUCGCCCAAACUGCGCAGGCACUCCAGCCCUAGUUCCCCUACAAGCCCCAAGUUUGGCAAGGCAGAUUCUUAUGAAAAGCUUGAGAAACUGGGAGAGGGUUCAUAUGCCACAGUUUACAAGGGCAAAAGCAAGGUGAAUGGGAAGUUGGUUGCUCUGAAGGUGAUUCGCCUGCAGGAGGAGGAGGGAACUCCCUUCACGGCCAUAAGGGAAGCAUCUCUUCUGAAAGGUCUGAAACAUGCCAAUAUUGUGCUGCUCCAUGACAUCAUCCACACCAAGGAAACCCUGACUCUGGUCUUUGAGUAUGUGCAUACAGAUCUCUGUCAGUACAUGGACAAGCACCCCGGGGGUCUCCAUCCAGACAAUGUGAAGGUGUUCCUGUUCCAGUUACUGAGAGGACUCUCCUACAUCCACCAGAGGUACAUCCUUCACCGUGACCUUAAACCCCAAAACCUGCUCAUCAGUGACACUGGGGAGCUCAAACUAGCCGACUUUGGCCUGGCCAGGGCUAAGUCAGUUCCCAGCCAUACCUACUCCAAUGAGGUGGUGACCUUGUGGUACCGACCCCCAGAUGUCCUGCUGGGAUCUACAGACUAUUCCACUUGCCUGGACAUGUGGGGUGUGGGCUGCAUUUUCAUUGAAAUGAUCCAAGGAGUGGCUGCCUUCCCUGGGAUGAAGGACAUCCAAGACCAGCUGGAGAGGAUAUUUCUGGUCCUGGGCACCCCCUCUGAGGACACCUGGCCCGGUAUUCACUCCUUGCCUCACUUCAAACCAGAUCGCUUCACAGUGUACAGCGCCAAGAAACUCAGACAAGCAUGGAAUAAAUUGGGCUAUGUGGACCAUGCUGAGGAGUUGGCCUCCAGGUUCCUCCAGUGCUUCCCAAAGAACCGGUUGUCGGCCCAGGCAGCUCUGAACCAUGAAUACUUCAGCCACCUCCCUCCACGACUCUGGGAGCUGCAGGACAUGUCUUCUGUCUUUACGGUACCAAAUGUAAAGCUGCAGACAGAGUGUGGGGACAGCAUACAGGUUUGCGCACGGAGGAACAGUCAUGGAAAAGCCUCCUCUGGCAGCAAACACUGACCUGAGGCACA